UCCACGCGCCGUCCAGACGUUGUUGAAUGGGCCGAUGUUACAUCAAGGGAUCCGUUCAUGCUCGUGGCUCUCAAGUCCUAUCGUAACACUGUGCCAGUACCACGUCAUUGGAAUGCUAAGAGAAAGUAUCUAUCAGGAAAGCGUGGAUUCGAACGACCACCUUUCGAACUGCCAGAUUUCAUCAAGCGAACAGGAAUUCAAGACAUGCGUGAGGCACUCUGGGAAAAGGAAGAAAGCCAGAACUUGAAAUCGAAAAUGCGUGAGAGGGCACGCCCUAAGCUUGGUAAAAUCGACAUCGACUACCAAAAGCUGCACGACGCCUUCUUUAAAUGGCAGACAAAACCUCCCAUGACUUCGAUGGGAGAACUGUACUAUGAGGGAAAGGUAGUGGUUGAGAAGGUGUGA